AUGAAUCAAACUCUUUUUUUUUUGAAGCAAUUAAGAAUCAAACUUGGUAAAGCAAAAAUGUCCCAAAAUUAUAGAGAACUCAAGUAUAUUUAACUUUUUCUAAUAAUCAUAAUAAAACCAUUUUUAAGUACUUUAUCCUACACGAGGCAUAAUAUUUGAGGUGUGCAAUACAGUUCACGUGGAAGGUAAAAGCCAAAAGCUAGUUCCCUUUAUGUAUGAACAACACACUUCAUCACUGCAGCCUCCAAUCAACACAAUAAUUCUUCAAGUUACUUGAAGCUCACUUCCACUUCAAUCUCCUUUUGUGAUCAAUUGGCUGCUUAUAAGUAUUAAAAAAAUGGCAACAGUGACUGCUUCAAGUAACAUAGUAUCCAGAAUUUCUCAUAUCAAUAUGUCAACUUUCUCAUGCGAGUCUAAAACGGCGGCACCAAUGAGACUUGGUUAUAUGAGGAAAGCUAAUACUCAUAAUGGACUCAGAAUUUUGAAUUCAUUGGAUGAGCUGUUAAACAGAACCUCAAUUAAAAUGAAGGGAGUGCAAUCAAGGAAGAAGGGUCUUCAGAGAAAGAGUGUUAGGCCUAAAGGUAUUAUAAUUUGUGGCUUGAAUUUGAUCUUUGUUGGAACUGAGGUUGCUCCAUGGAGCAAAACUGGUGGUUUAGGCGAUGUUCUAGGAGGUCUUCCACCAGCAUUAGCAGCUAAUGGGCACAGAGUUAUGACAAUCGCACCGCGCUAUGAUCAAUACAAAGAUGCAUGGGAUACAAGUGUAUCAAUUGAGAUAAAAGUAGGAGAUAGAAAAGAAACAGUUCGCUUCUUCCAUUGCUUUAAAAGAGGAGUUGAUCGCGUGUUUGUAGAUCACCCUAUAUUUCUUGAAAAGGUUUGGGGUAAAACUGGAACAAAAAUCUAUGGACCUGCGGCAGGAGAUGAUUACCAAGACAAUCAAUUGCGCUUUAGCCUCUUCUGUCAGGCAGCUCUUGAAGCAGCAAGAGUUCUGAAUCUCGAGAGCAAUAAAUAUUUUUCAGGACCAUAUGGUGAAGAUGUCAUUUUCGUCGCUAACGAUUGGCACACCGCCCUUAUCUCAUGCUACUUGAAAUCUAUGUACCAAUCAAUAGGCCUCUUUAGGAAUGCCAAAGUUGUUUUUUGUAUACACAACAUUGCUUACCAAGGAAGAUUUUCAUUCGCCGACUAUUCACUUCUCAAUCUCCCUGACCAAUUUAAAAGCUCCUUUGACUUCCUUGAUGGGCAUGUUAAACCAGUUGUUGGAAGAAAAAUCAAUUGGAUGAAAGCUGGAAUAUUGGAAUCUCAUUUGGUUUUAACUGUUAGUCCAUAUUAUGCUCAAGAACUAGUGUCAGGCCCAGAUAAAGGUGUCGAGUUGGACAACAUUUUACGCCGAACUGGUGUUGCUGGAAUCAUAAAUGGCAUGGAUGUUCAAGAGUGGAAUCCAGCCACUGACAAAUACAUAACUGUCAAAUAUGAUGAUUCGACAGUAUUGGAAGGAAAGGCUCUUCUGAAAGAAGCACUCCAGGCAGAAGUUGGUUUGCCGGUUGACAAAAAUAUUCCUCUCAUUGCUUUCAUUGGAAGGCUUGAAGAGCAAAAAGGUUCUGAUAUUCUUGUAGCAGCCAUUCCUCAAUUUAUUAAGGAGAAUGUUCAGAUAGUAGCCCUAGGAACAGGAAAAAAAGAAAUGGAAAAGCAACUUCAAGAACUUGAAAUAUCAUACCCUGACAAGGCCAGAGGAGUUGCAAAAUUCAAUGUUCCCCUAGCUCACAUGAUAAUUGCAGGAGCUGAUUUUAUAUUGAUUCCUAGUAGAUUUGAGCCUUGUGGUCUCAUUCAGUUACAAGCUAUGCGCUACGGAACAGUACCUAUUGUUGCCUCAACAGGUGGAUUAGUGGACACAGUCAAAGAAGGUGUCACUGGAUUUCAGAUGGGUUCUUUCAAUGUUGAAUGUGAUGCUGUGGAUCCAGUUGAUGUGGAUGCUAUAGCAAAGACUGUCACAAAGGCCCUUGCAGUCUAUGGAACUCAAGCUUUUGCAGAAAUCAUCAAGAAUUGCAUGGCUCAAGAUCUUUCAUGGAAGGGACCUGCUAAGAAGUGGGAGGAAGUUCUGCUAAGUUUGGGAGUUCCUGGAAGUGAACCUGGAAUUGAUGGAGAAGAAAUUGCUCCACAGGCAAUGGAAAAUGUGGCAACUCCAUGAUAAGAACAAAGAUGUGAGAAGUUUAUGCUAGUUUCAAUCUCUUGAAGUUUCAUGGAACAUCACCUUAUUGAUUGAGUGAUUAUAAGUGCAUUUUUUCAAUAUUAGCAUAUAGAGUUUAAACCUGUGCAUCUAAUUUGGAGAGUUUUAGAAUGAUAGAUUAUCAUUCAUUUUUGUAUUCUACCUUUCAGAUUGUAAUGUGUACUUUCUUCGACCGUGAAUAAGCAGGAAAAUAAUUCCUUAUAUUUUAGUGAAGGAUACCAUGGUUCAGUUGAA